AUGGGGAGGUUUUAUUAUGAAGUUGGUGCACGUUCCCCACCCCUCCACGCUUCACUGGAUUACUACCGAUGUUUUACAGCGCUGGCAUGUAAUUUCUUCCUUCAAAAGCGGCAACAGCAAACCGAAGAGCAACAAAGCGACUCUGAGCCAAACGUCUGGGCCAACACGUUGAGACAGGAAAAUGGUCUCCAAAGCCCUACUCCCAACUUGUAUGUGGAUAACCAGGACGGAUCAGGAGACAUCAUCCAAAUCACACAACCACCUUCAAAUAGCAGUGUGCCAACAUCACCGUUGACUACUCAUCCGUUGCUUAGCCACCACCAGCAACAGCAACGGCCCAUCAGUUUCAAUAAUGCCAAGGCUUCAACAAUUGACCCCAACUGGCAAGCCAAUAAGAUCAGCAUCAGGGAGCGAAAUGCAGCCAUGUUUAACAACGAGUUGAUGGCCGAUAUAUUCUUCGUUGUUGGUCCGCCUGGUGGGACGCAAACUAUUCCUGCCCAUAAAUAUGUUCUCGCCACGGGCAGCUCGGUAUUUCAUGCCAUGUUUUUCGGUGGCCUAGCCGAAAGCGAGGCACAAAUUGAAGUGCCUGAUGUUGAACCAGCAGCAUUUCUAACCCUUUUGAAGUAUUUGUACUGUGACGAAAUCACACUGGAGGCUGACACAGUUCUUUCGACACUUUACGUGGCCAAGAAGUAUAUCGUCCCGCACUUGUGUCGAGCUUGUGUUCUAUUUCUUGAAACAAGUUUGACAGCCAGGAAUGCUUGCCUCCUUCUCAGUCAAUCCCGAUUGUUUGAAGAACCCGAGCUCAUGGCCCGCUGUUGGGAAGUUAUAGAUGCUCAAGCUCAGUUAGCCCUCAAUUCAGAAGGGUUUACCGAAAUUGAUAUGGACACACUCAAACAGAUUCUCCAGCGAGAAUCACUAAACUGCAAAGAGUCUGUCAUCUUUCAAGCUGCUUUGCAAUGGGCAGCCGCCGAAUGUAAACGCCGUAGUCUAGAAGUUGAUUCAGCUAAUUGUCGCACAGUGAUGGGCGACUCUCUCUUUCUAAUUCGACUACCUACAAUGGCUCUCGAGGAUUUUGCCAACGAAGCCGCCCAGUCAGGAAUCCUGACUCUCCAAGAAACUACUGACGUCUUUCUAUACUACACAGCUCGAAACAAACCCUCGCUGCUUUAUAGUUGCAAGCCUCGAGCUGGGCUAAAGCCGCAGGUCUGUCACCGAUUCCAGUCGUCAGCUUAUCGAAGCAACCAAUGGCGUUACCGUGGCCGAUGCGACAGUAUCCAAUUUUGUGUUGACAAGCGUAUCUUCAUUGUUGGCUUCGGUCUGUAUGGCUCUUCGAAUGGAUCGGCUGAUUACAGUGUACGCAUCGAACUAAAACGCCUCGGCCGUGUUCUGGCUGAAAACCAUGCCAAAUUUUUCUCGGACGGAUCAAGCAAUACAUUUCAUGUCCAUUUUGAACAACCAAUUCAGGUCGAGCCAGAUACGUUUUACACAGCUUCGGCCAUUCUCGACGGUUCAGAGCUUAGCUAUUUCGGGCAGGAGGGUUUGAGCGAAGUCAACGUGAGUAACGUCACUUUCCAAUUUCAGUGCUCUUCAGAAAGUACGAAUGGAACGGGCGUUCAAGGAGGCCAAAUACCAGAAUUAAUGUUUUAUGGUCCUUCUCCACAGCCACAGCAGCAACCACAAGCGGUCGAAAGCUCUACAAAAAUCGAAUAGGUGAGCUACGCAAAUGUUAUGUUCAGAUCCUCUUGUCCUAUUCGACUCAAUGUAAAUAUUGUUUCGCAUGUUACAAUCAAUCGUUGUGUCGCUUCUUGUUUGUGUCCAAGACUCUUGAUAAGAUUCACCUUUAUUGUUUCUUUUCUUUAACAUUGAUCUUGAAUCGAAUAACAGCACUUUUUUGUCUGAUUAUUGAAAAGUUGAAAUUGAAUGCGUAUGUUUGUUUCGAUCUUUGCUAACGCUAUCCUCCUGUUUUUGUAAACCAACAAAAUUUCUUUACUUCGAAACAUUUUAAAAUGCAUUUCAAAAA